AUGAUGAUGAUGCAGCUGCUGGAUGCCGCUGACUGGGUCCGAUUUAUGGAUGUGCGGACAGAGAUAUUGACGAAUGCCGUUGGUCCCGAUCCCGAACUCGAACCCGAGCCCGUACACCCCGAUCCCGAUGUGAAUCAGUUCCGAGAUGCGGAAAUUCAGAGGCAUUCGACUGACUGCAACUCGGGCUCCGACUUGAGUCCAAUGGGCGACGGCCCAUCAGCAAGCAGCUGCACCCUGCAGUCCUGCCGCUCCAAGGCCUGUGACAUCGACUGCUGCGAAGGAGACCCCAGCCGACCUCCGUACACCAGGGUCAUGCCGGAGGAUCGGCGGUACGGGGUCGUCUUCAGCAACGAGGAGAAUCCCUGCUGCUGUGACUUCAGUUGUGUCCUGCAGUUCCUCCUCAAAUGCUUCCACAUGUUUGAGGAUGAUGUGGCUUUCCUGCGCUUCAGCGAGUGCUCCUCGGCGGAGAGCUUCGAUUGCAACUUGCUGAUGGUGGUGGACGCUCGCCUCUGCCGCAUAUUCAACCUCUUUGAGAAGCAGAACUGCGGACUGGACACCGUCAAGUGGUGCGUGGUGAACCAGACGCUCCUGGAAGAGUGCAGCGAGGAGUACCAGUCGAAGGUGGUGUACCCCGAGGCCGAGAAUGUGGAGGUCACGGCGUACAUAGACGGAGAGAGCGUGGACAUCAUCAAGAACAAUUGCUCCAGGAUCUGCUACCUUGUGUUCCACCUUCCGGUCGACUUUUGUCCUCAUAUCUAG